UUUAUUUAUCAGUAGCCAAACGCAACAUUUUUAAUUUUUUAUCUGGCACUAAAACAAAUUUUGUGGAGAAGUAUCAAUUGAAAAUCAAAAUAUUUUUAUAUUUUUCCUCGCUACGUGGAACUAAAACCGACCUAUACAUUUUUGGCGCGAUAUUUUGCCGCAUUUACAAAAACACUAGCCACGAGUCCGUUUAUCAUCACAGGCCACCGGCUGAUAAAGCAAUAGGUCCAAAUAUUGGCUAGAUUUUUCGGUUUGAAUGCUUGGGUUCGGGUCACGCCCAUUUAUUCAGAUUCUGAAGAAAUAGAACAUUUCAAGAUAGCUGGACCUACACUUCAAUAUAAGCAACAAUGGUGUCUCUCAUCAGUACCGUUGAUACCGGACAUGAAGACAUGAUUCAUGACGCGCAGAUCGACUUCUACGGCACGCGUCUGGCCACGUGCUCAUCGGACGCCACAGUGCGCGUGUUCAGCGUGCGGAACGGCAGUCAGACGCUGGAGGCCGAGCUGCGCGAACACCAGGGACCGGUGUGGCAGGUGGCCUGGGCGCACCCCAUGUACGGGCCGAUUCUUGCGUCGUGCUCCUACGACCGCCGCGUCAUCAUCUGGAAGGAGACGGGCGGCCGCUGGAGCAAGCUGCACGAGCACGCCAGCCACGACUCGUCGGUGAACUCUGUGUGCUGGGCUCCGUACGAGCUGGGCCUGGUGCUGGUCUGCUGCAGCUCGGACGGCUCCGUGUCCGUCGUCUCCUACACGGCCGCCGGCACCUGGGACUUCAAGAAGAUCAACAACGCCCACACGAUCGGCUGUAACGCCGUCAGCUGGGCGCCCGAGGUGUCGGCCGGCAGCGUCCUGGAGGGCCAGCCGCAGAAGGUCACCAAACGAUUCGUCUCCGGCGGCUGCGACAACCUCGUCAAAAUCUGGAGGGAGGAGGACGACCAGUGGGUGGAGGAGGCCAAACUGGACGCCCACUCGGACUGGGUGCGCGACGUGGCUUGGGCGCCCUCGGUGGGCCUCAAACGGCAGCUGAUCGCCAGCUGCUCGCAGGACCGGCGCGUCAUCAUCUGGUCCAACGACGGCACGGGCACGGCCUGGACGCCGCACGAGCUGCCCACCUUCAGCGACGUCAUCUGGCACGUCAGCUGGGCCGUCACCGGCAACAUCCUGGCCGUCAGCGGCGGCGACAACAAGGCGAGCCUGUGGAAGGAGACUCUGGAGGGCAAGUGGGUUUGCCUGAACGAGGUCAACCUGGGCAAGGGCCAGGCGGGCAGCAUGCCGGGCGACGCCGGUACCAAGACACUCUAAGACUCCGCAACAACUGCCAUCUGAAGGACUGGUGACGUCGCGUGAUGCGGAAUGUGAUGUCACAUCACACGAUGCGGAUCGGUGACGCCAUGGUGUGGGAUAUAACGUCACACGGUGCAGCCUGUGACGUCAAAAGACUGACUGAUGGUGACUGCAGCGGCGAGCCCCUGUCAUGACUGGAGAAUGGAGAUGUCAAUACAUCCCAUCCUGAGGCUGGUCGAUGACGUCAGGCACUGACGUGCGUCGUGCGAUGAUGUCAUAGUUCACAUUUAGAGUGGCCGGUGUCGCGUGCUGACGUGUGUGACGGCGCUAUAGCAUAGAGUAUAUCUGGCGGCGCCGAUCCUGGUGAUACCUACCAUACAUUCUCUGAAAUGUGUUCUCGGCAGUGCCUCAGUUCCGUCUCGCCCGACCCUGCCGCACCGCUGCUGGCGCUCGGAACGAGCUGCCACUGGGAGAGUACGGUGGGCGGUGGGCGUCUGAGAAUAACACCGGCCGGGUACCCGAGGACGCCUCGCGGCCCGGUGAGGAGCGGAUGUGAUCUGGGAUGUAUCUCCGUGCGGAGCGCCACGCCGGUGACCGGUGUGCUGCUAUUGGGAUCUUAUUUUGAACGGGAGUUGUGUCCAAAAGAAUCGCCGCGGUAAAUAGCGUAGACAGCUUGUUACGAUGGUAAUAAAGGUGUAUACAAAACGGA